UACUUGAAAAAUAUCUUGUGAACGAUCAGCAAAUAAAGCAGCAUUAUGAUUUCCUGUAGAUUAUUAACUACUUGAAAGCGUGAUGCCUUUCCUGUUUGCUGUUAGCUCUUUUGUGACAGUUAGCGAUGGUUUUCAAGUUGGAUAGAGAAGUACUGUAGCGUACCGCACUUUGCUAUAGUGAAGCUGGUUGGUUGAUCUCAUAAAUAUUCAUCAAUCAGUCUGCUGAGGAUGGUAACAAACGGUAGAGAUCACAAUAAUGGAAAGCAAAGAUUCUAAUCACUUUUGCAAUGUUAAUCUUACCAUGAAGAAAGAAAGUAAGAGUGAUUUAAUUUUGCAAAAUUGAUAAAUAGAAGACAUUUGGGGAGAGGAAAGCUCAUUUGUAGUUCAUCUCUGCUUCUGCAAACUGCUGUGUGAUACAGAGUUCUCUAUUUGAAAUACAACUAAGGAGCAACGAACACUGUUAUGCAUAUGAUAGCCAAGUUCAAUAUAUUAUGGAAGUCGUUGUUGGUGCUUAUAACGAUUGAAUACUACAAAUGUGAGAGUGUGAUGCGACCGGUGGAAGAGGGGCCUGCAGCGGGGGCAGGGGGGCUGUCCCCCGACGAGGGGGGCUACAUGGGAGAGGUGGGCCACUGUCUGCGAGAGGGGGGUGCAGUGGGCUCCUGCAUGACGGCGGGCGCGUUUGUCAUGCUGCAGACGGCCGUCCGCAAGGAAAGUCUGCCCAUCUAUGAGGAUAUGGAGCUGCAUGACAAUGAUAUUGAUUCUCAAGAAAUCCGCACUGUUGUACCUGUUGAUGCGGAUCCAACUGAUUUCUAUUCUCUUAUGGAAGCUAGCACAAAGUUUCUACAACGAAGAACGUUGCGUUGGAAUUUGGAGUCUCUAUUUCCUGGGUUGGAGAUGUGCAUAGGAUCUGUGAAUGCAGGACCUCCAUCCCUGCAUUUCUUGCUGGAUCCCAGAAAAGGCCAUGAUGAAAGGCGACUAUCAACUGGUCGGCUCCUGGUGAAAAGGGCUGUCCUACCUUACAUUCUGGGACUGAAAAUCAAUCUGAUCGCCAUAAUUCCACUGGUAUUCGCCGCCCUGAUAUUCCUCACCAAGAAAGCGUUCAUGCUGAGCAAAUUCGCAUUUCUGUUCACAACGAUCGCUGGGCUGGCGUCGGCGUCGCAGUAUGCCCAUCAGCACCAUGUGCCGAGUCCUCCCUCGCUGCUGGGACCUCACAGCUUCUAUGAUGGCAGUCUGUAUCGCGACUCCAAUCACCACAGGAAAAGAGAUGAAACAAGUGGCCGUAAUUUCAGAUGGGAAGACAAGGCGAAAAAGUCGAAGAAAUGAUAUUAUGAUAAAGGACAAUAUCUGGAUAGAUUCAUUUAAUACAUGCUAAAGGAUAAUAUGAAGAAUUAGUUUUCAUAUUAUUCUAUAGGGGAUCAGAAGUUGACAGGUGAAUCAACUUGCGCGAUCUCUGUUGGAAAAAGUUCCCCAUGCAAAGUUCACACCUUCUCCAUGAAAGCGCCAGCGUUCGAAUUUAUGUCAAAUAAGUUUGAAAACAAAUUCAUCCAAAAUGAGAUCUUUUGACAUUCAAAUCUAGGCGUUCAGCCACAGAAUAGGUACAGAAUGGAAACUUGUAAUCAAUCGCCUAUCUAACCAAUGCUUUUUACAUGACGCCAAUACUGAACACGUCACGUGAUCUUGGGAAGUUAUAAUCCUGGUCUUCUGAUUGGCUCGUGGCAGUGAAUGAGAUCAAUUGAUCCGGAUGAUUAAAGUGAUCCGAACCUACCAUCAAUAAUAUUACAAUGCGGCGCUUCCUAACAUGAUUUUAGCGUCAGGGUACUAGCCAAGUUUCCAUACUGUAUGUAUAGUGUGGUUCAGCCUCUAAUCGUCUGAUCUUCAUACCACAUCUUCUAGCACGGAAGCACAGGCGUUCAAAUUUAUGAUCCCCAUAUAGCGAGCCAGACUCUGACUUCCUGAGUGAUGAUUGUGAUAGCAUACUGCCUAUAAUUGAAGUUAAAAUCAUUUUGAAUAAUAUUAAAUCAAGAAUCCAUCGUCGUUCCUUAACGGAAAAAACCCUCGACUUAUGUGGUGAUAAACAACUCUGUACUCUGGUACUCUGUUCCAUUCAUAAGCCUUCUCAUAUAAGUGUAAUAAUUGUACAUUACUGAAUUAAUAAAUAUGAGAAUAUUAAUUGAAAAGAUAAUUCUUCUUGCUGAUUGAUCCAUUAUGGUUUGUCUGAGAUAGGUGGAGAACAAAUCCUUUUCAAGGAAAUUUCAACUAGAAACAAGAUUCAGCCUAUAAAAAUGACUAGUCUUAUUUGAUCCAUAUUAUGGUUUGCCUGUGAUAGGUGGAGAACAUUUUUCCUUUUCAAUGAAAUUUCAACUAGAAACAAGAUUCAGUCUAUAAAAAUGACUAAUUGUCUGAUUAGAUGUAUUGUCCACUCCACAGUACAUUGAUAAUUUGUAAACAAACUUCAAAAAGGUGAAAAAUUAGUGCCAAUUGAUGUUUGUAUAACUUUAAUUGUGAAGAUUUAUUCUGUAUAAAAAUUAUAUAUAUGCAUAAAUUGAAUUUUUUAUUUUGUUUUUGUAUUUAAUUUGUAUGGAUUAUAUUCUAAAAAAUAUAAUCACAUAUAAACCUAUAUCCAUGUGAAUUUGUGUAGGCUUUCAAAAGUUAUAAUCUGUGUUGAAAAAAAUUGAUCGUAUAUAUUACUCAAAAUUUGUUUUCCUUCAUUUCCAAGAGUACGAUAUUUAUUCUUCUUUACCAUAAUAUUAUGAUUGUGAUUUUUGGUACCGUACUGUGGAAUGAAGGUUGUCGGUUUAUUCACUUCUGGAGUCAAUAUUGUUUGCUGCGAAUUUUCAACUUCAAUGAA